CGCCGCCCUCGGCCACCACCAUGGUGCAGAAAUCCCGCAACGGAGGCGUUUACCCGGGGCCCGCCGCCGAGAAGAAGCUGAAGGUGGGCUUCGUAGGGCUGGACCCGGGAGCUCCGGACUCCAGCCGGGACGGGGCUCUGCUCAUCGCCGGUUCCGAGAGCACCAAACGGGGUAGCAUCCUCAGCAAACCCCGUUCGGGGGUGUCGGGCAGCGGGAAGCCCCCCAAAAGGAAUGCUUUUUACCGCAAGCUGCAGAAUUUUCUCUACAAUGUGCUGGAAAGACCGCGGGGCUGGGCUUUCAUUUACCACGCAUACGUUUUUCUACUUGUUUUCUCCUGCCUGGUGCUGUCUGUCUUCUCAACCAUCGAUGAGUAUCAGAACAGCUCUGAAGGGGCCCUUUAUAUUCUGGAAAUUGUCACCAUCGUGGUGUUUGGGGUGGAGUAUUUUGUGCGGAUCUGGGCAGCCGGCUGCUGCUGUCGGUACCGGGGCUGGAGAGGAAGGUUGAAAUUUGCCCGCAAGCCUUUCUGUGUCAUUGACAUCAUGGUGCUGAUCGCGUCCAUUGCUGUGCUGGCAGCGGGCUCCCAGGGCAACGUCUUUGCCACCUCGGCGCUCAGGAGCUUGCGCUUCCUGCAGAUCCUGCGCAUGAUCCGCAUGGACCGGCGGGGUGGCACCUGGAAGCUGUUGGGCUCCGUGGUUUACGCGCACAGCAAGGAGCUGAUUACUGCCUGGUAUAUUGGCUUCCUCUGCCUCAUCCUGGCCUCUUUCCUGGUAUACUUGGCCGAGAAAGGAGAAAAUGAGCACUUUGAUACAUACGCAGAUGCACUCUGGUGGGGUCUGAUCACUCUGACCACCAUUGGCUAUGGGGACAAGUACCCACAGACUUGGAAUGGGCGACUGCUGGCUGCAACCUUCACACUCAUCGGUGUUUCCUUCUUCGCUCUCCCUGCCGGCAUUUUAGGUUCGGGGUUUGCACUGAAGGUUCAGGAGCAGCAUCGGCAAAAACACUUUGAGAAGAGACGCAACCCAGCAGCAGGCCUGAUUCAGGCUGCAUGGAGGUUCUAUGCUACCAACCUGUCCCGCACAGACCUGCACUCUACGUGGCAGUACUACGAGCGCACAGUCACCGUCCCCAUGUACAGCACGCAAACGCAAACGUACGGUGCCUCCAGACUCAUCCCUCCUUUGAACCAGCUGGAGCUCCUGAGGAACCUGAAGAGCAAAUCGGGACUGACAUUCAGGAAAGAGCAGCAGCCCGAACCAUCGCCAAGUCAGAAGGUCAGUUUGAAAGAUCGUGUCUUCUCCAGUCCCCGCGGUGCUGGCACCAAAGGGAAAGGCUCUCCACAGGCUCAGGGCAUCCGGAGGUCCCCCAGUGCUGACCAGAGCAUCGAGGACAGCCCCAGCAAGGUGCCCAAGAGCUGGAGCUUCGGAGACCGCAGCAGAGCCCGGCAGGCUUUCCGCAUCAAGGGAGCUGCAUCGCGGCAGAACUCCGAAGAAGCAAGCCUGCCUGGAGAAGACAUUCCUGAUGAGAAUAAAAGCUGCAACUGUGAGUUUGUGACAGAAGAUUUAACACCAGGACUGAAAGUCAGCAUCAGGGCAGUGUGCAUUAUGCGAUUUCUCGUCUCCAAACGCAAGUUUAAGGAGAGCCUUCGGCCCUAUGAUGUGAUGGACGUCAUCGAGCAGUACUCAGCUGGCCACCUGGACAUGCUCUCCCGGAUUAAAAACCUCCAAUCCAGGAUAGAUAUGAUUGUGGGUCCCCCGCCCCCUUCAACUCCCCGGCAUAAGAAGUAUCCAACCAAAGGACCCAUGUAUUCUUCCAAAGAAUCUCCCCAAUACUCGCCUAGAGUUGACCAGAUCGUUGGGAGAGGAUCCUCCAUGACCGACAAGGAUCGGACCAAAGGCCCAGCCGAGGGGGAGCUGCCUGAAGACCCCAGCAUGAUGGGCAGACUUGGGAAAGUUGAAAAACAGGUUCAGUCGAUGGAGAAGAAGCUGGACUUCCUGGUGAACAUCUACAUGCAGAGAAUGGGUAUCCCACCGACGGAGACGGAGGCCUACUUCGGCUCCAAAGAACCAGACCCAGCCCCUCCCUACCACAGCCCCGAGGACAGCAGGGAGCACAUCGACAAGAACGGCUGCAUCAUCAAGAUCAUCAGGUCCACCAGCUCCAUGGGUCAGAAGAACUUCUCAGCUCCGCCGGCCCCGACCAACUCGUGCCCGCCCUCGACGUCGUGCCAGCAGCAGCCCUACCAGCGGCAGAGUCACGGCUCCUCGCCCGUCGGAGACCCCGGCUCGCUCGUCCGCAUCCCACCUCCGCCCUCCCACGAGCGCUCCCUGUCAGCCUACAGCGGCGGGCACAGGGCGAGCGCAGAGUACCUGCGGAACGAAGACAUUACCACCAAACACCACGAGAGCGCCCUGAGAGACAGCGACACGUCCAUCUCCAUCCCCUCGGUAGACCACGAGGAACUGGAGCGCUCUUUCAGCGGCUUUAGUAUUUCCCAGUCCAAAGAGAAUUUGGACAUCCUUAACAACGGUUGCUAUGCGGCCGUGGCCAAAAUCAGACCCUACAUUGCGGAAGGGGAAUCGGACACCGAUUCUGACCUCUGCACACCCUGUGGCCCUCCUCCCAGGUCGGCCACGGGCGAGGGACCCUUCAGUGACAUGGGCUGGUCAGCCCCCCGGCAGUGAGGGCCCCGUGCAGCCUCAAGCCAUGGCCGAGUCCCGGCAGCUGCCCACUCCAGCUGUCCUCGUGUCGAACUUCUCAAGGAGAUGGACAGCUAAGGGUUUCCUCCAUCUAGGACAUCCUUAGCUGCCGGAUGCUUUCUUGCAGCUUACUCUGGGGGGCAAUGAGCAGACCCAAGCCUGCGGGAGUGGAAGAGGUCACGGUGGUGAGCGAACUGGAGCCGUGAAGUCCGGAUUUCUUUCAUACUCUCUUUCUAAGAUCCUUAGGUGAAAUUCUUUCAUGGUGCAGGAUAGGCAAUUUGCAUUUCUUCUGAAUGUUUAGAGAUGUGGGGCAGGAAUAAAUCACCCGGCCAGGGCUUUUGGAGGUCACAUCAAGUGGUAUUGAGCAGUGUCACAUGGCAGUUGCCAAACCGUGGCACUGGUGAUUACACCUUUCAGUAUUUUGGAGUCGCAGAAUGAACACGUGUCAGUUUCUAGCUUAGAUUUUAGGUCGCAUGAAAAUUGCUGGAGCGAUAUUACUCUGUGGUUCGCCAUUAACAGUCAGGAAGAUGGGAGAGUUCCAAAAUAAUACAUGAAAAUUUUGUGCAUGUCCCUGGAGGAGUGGGACAGUGGCUAGAAUAUUUGUAUAAACAGAAGUUGUGGCUUCCAAGUAGGACAGGUUAGGGGAAUGUUCUGAACCAGCAUGGUUUGGAAAUUCUCCUUGUCCAACAGCUGAGGAAAAUGAAAAACUCAUGAAUACGAGCUUGAAUGCAAGAGCUGAGACAACCCAGGGAACAUAGAAAUAAGACAGAGAAGGAGAAUAAGUGACUGUGUGGCUGGAAUUUUAUAUUUUAAACCGUGUAUUAUCUUCAAUUAUCUCUCUCCUUCCGUUGACAUGCCCUGGAGGUGCUUUGGAAGCAAUGGCAAACCAAAGGCAACCCCUCCGUAGGGCUGCCAUGGUGUAAAACUGUUCUUACGGCCAGCAGGGUUGUUGCGGAGUCACAGCAACAGCAGUCCAAAGGGAAAUAUGCAAGACGCUGCAGUUCCCGCAUUGCUGCAAGCUAAGUGCUGAGCUCCAUCCUUUUGAAUUCCUGUUGGUCAGAGCAGGCCCUUUUCUUACAGUUUGCAUUGUGCCUGAACACUUUUGCACACACUUAUGCCCGGUGAAAAUCCUCCCUUUCUUCUUCUGCCCUGGCGAGAAUCUCACACCCCUGUUCUCUGGACAUCCUUUGGCUUGUUUGGAUCUCUUGAGCUGAAUUAAGAGGUACUUCUUUGUUUCUUCAUGAACUUUCAGAAGCCUCUUAACUGUGUGUGCCCACAAGUUGUGCCAAUCCAAAUCUGCCCCAUUGUGUUGUUUCUGUUUGUCUUGGAAGGAUCAUCGUGUUGCUAUCAGGAACUCCAGCAGUAUAUUCAGCUGGAGGAGGGUGAGGGGAAAAGUGAUGCUCAGUAUUUCUUUUGGGACCAAAAAAAAGCCACAAAGUGAUCUUUUACAUGGAUAGAGAGAUUUUUUUUUUUGCAAGAGAAUGGAUCAAAGUGUGUUUUGGGAUCUGUCUCCAAGCCUAGGACUAACAGUGUUGUGCCUCUGAUGCCUCCUGUGUACCUACAGCCCAAAUCCUGAGUGUUUUUUUUGCAAUAGCCAGGGCUGUAUCUGAUUUUAAACCCCAUCUCUCCACUAUCUCCCCAUGUUGUACCAACAGCUUCUGAGGAUAUUUAGGUGACAGCUUAAUUUCUGCGUGGCCUUUCAGAGGUUGAACAUUGAUUUGUUUGGGUUGAAGGGAGAAUCACGGCUUCCUCUUCCUGUUUGCUUGGCAGCAGCCAGGUGAAACCCAAACUGUUUUAGCCUUUGGGAAGAUGUGGGUGCAUCUGUGAGCUUACAGACAGGAGGUAAAACCACCCUUUGGUAGUGCUCAGACUAACAUGCAGGGCUCCACAUGGGAUCAAAGAAUGGGGGAGUAAAAGGAGUGUAAAAUGGCUGUAGAUUGUGCAGAUUUGGCCUUGCUGUGUUGCAAGGUUAGAUUCCUUCAGGUAGAGCAAGAUUUUCACCAUAUCAGAGAUAAUAAACAUUUGCAAUCUUUUUAAUUAUUAUUAAUUAUUAUUAUUAUUAUUUUUGACAACUACUUUUUGAGACCUGCUGGAAAUCUGGCACAGAAUGCUCCAUGUAAGGAUGAGGGUGAUGAUGUGUGAUCCUAUUACAGCAGAGAUAUUUGCCUGGUCUCUAAAUAUAGGUGACAAAGCCAAUAGUACUUCAAGGCACAAUAUAAGUGGAAUACAGUUUUCAUUGUGUCCUAAAUUUGAAGCUCUGUUGGCUCUGAUUUGAAUGUGCAUUUCCCAGUUCUUUCUCUUGCCCAGCUGAUGCUAUACCCUCUAACACAGGUAAUGCCAGUGUGUCCUGAGGAGACAUAGUUCCACUGUGUCCACUGUAAGUUUGCUACAUUGCAGUCCUUUACCUCCUUAGGGACUGCAUAGGAAGAAUUGUUCCCCUCUUUAGGCCAAAGUCUAUAAAGAUUUCCUGACUUGUAGCUUUAAAAUGUUUUACUUUUGUCCCCCAGUCACAGAAAACAAGUUUUAUAUCUGUACAGCAUAGAUCGUAUCUUACUGCUACAAAUUUCAUCAAGAAUUGUUUGGAAGAGAUAAGCAAUGUUGCAUUCUGAUCCAUAGCAUCAUUUCAAAGAACUUCUGACCCCUUCGACCACAGCCAUCCCAUAAAUCACCACUUCUUGUUCAUCCUGGCAAAAAGGCUUGACCUGGAUUUUGGGGUUAACUUCAUGCCAGAAUUGAUUCCAAAUAAUGCUCUUAUUUCAAAGAAAUGAUUCAUGGCUGUGUGAAUGGGAACAGAGCCUGCUCUAACUAAAGGUUUUGUUCUUUAUCAGCAAAGCUCCUUGCAAAGCCUUCACUUUCAGUCCCUCGAUUUCCCAAUGCUUAUAUCACACACUCCUGGUGAUAAUCUCCCCCCAGAAGUCUUAACCACCAGGUUAAAAGAAAUAAAUUGGUUUUACUUUGCUCAUAAGGCAGUCCCACAUAAAGACUCUUAAAAUGACAUGCAGGCCGACUUUGUCCUUUUGCUGAGCCUCUCUUGGGCUGUCUUUGCUCCCCUAUUCCUCCUGUUCGGUUUCUUAUUUUUUGUCAGACCCCAAAGGGUGGAAAGAAGCUUCAGGCCAUGCUAUGUGUGAACACAGGAGAGCUGAAGAGCACUUGAAGGUCCCAAUUUCCAGCAGGCUAUCUUGAACUGCUCCCGAGCUGCCCAUGCUCACGUGGACACAAAUUCUACAGAUGACUCCACCUGUGGGAUGGGGUAAUCCCUGACACGCUCCCUGCCAAGAGGGAGCUCAAGUUGCCUGAGAUAUCUGUGACAAGAGAUGUGGCCGGAGAUGCUGCAAGCUCCAUGCAGGUGGCCUUUCCCAACGUGACCUUGAGACAUAAGAACAGAGCACUAGCCAUAAGUCGCAUUUCCCAACAUUUGGGAAGAGACUUUAAUGUUACUCCAGUGCAGAUUUUGUAUGUGAAUUUCCUUGUUGACUCAUUUUCUUAUUAAUAAUUUUUAGAACAAGAAUAUCAAGGAACUCGCUGAAAAAACAGAACAAAUCCUGUUCAGCUCAGAAAGCCAUUACAGUUCUUUAGUCAGACUAUGAGAUAGAUCAGGUUUUCUAAAAAUGUGUUUUGUUUCAAAUGCUGCUUAAUAGAUCCAAACAAAUUCUGCGGGGCCAUUGCUCUUUACAGAUAAAUAGAUAUAUUUUUACAUUUCUAAUUGAUUUUUAGGAUUUUAAAUUGAAUUUUUAGAACAAGUUUGUAUAAUCUACCUGAAAAGCCAGAGCACUGCUGCAGAUACAAGCGCUCCCCUUCCUUACUGUUACCCAAGAGAAAGGAAAGAUGUAUUUCUUCCUUCUUUUCUCAGGAGGGAGCUACUGCAAGCCUCAUUUCCUUUAUAUCCUCAGACCAUUGGGGUCACAACAACAUUAUUACGAAACACAAAAUGAAAGCGUUAAAAGAGACACUGAGGUUUCAGUCCUGCCAAGGCCAGAGGAGGAAGCGUGGGGUCAGGUUCAGACGCCUCGCUGGGGCCAGGUGGGCACCCGGAUGGUAGCACUGAGGUGGGGUUUUCUUGUUUCUCAACCAGAAGGUCUUCCUCUUGGCUGAACAGCAGCUGCUAUGGCCUUGCGAAAAAUUCAUCUCAUAGAAGACCAGAAGAUGACACUGGCUUGCCUCAGGACUCCCCUUAUAAGAAAUUCCUAAGCAAUAUAUACAAGUUAUCCCGUAUAAAGGCCCGUAGCACUGAGAAUUACAUUGGGAAUGUCAAAAAGCCCAGGAAUAGAGUAAGUCUUUCUGUUUCUCCAUCCACACUCAUGCAAGCCUUCAGGUUGGGUGAGCCACCAAGCCCCCAUCCCUUCCUCCCCAGACACUGCUCCUGUGCCAGCAGUGCUCCGGGCCACAACUGCACACCCAUGUCCCUUUCUGUUUUGAUCGGCUUCCUUUCCAUGUAUGAGGAACAAGGAAAUCAGAUACAAAAGCUCCUUCACCUGCAUGUAACAUUGAGGCUGCGACGUGGAAGGAUGUGGCCCUGGGGUGUAAAAGCAAAGUUCUGCUUUUAGCACUCAAACCUUUCUGUCUCACAGCGCAAAAGCUGCUUGGGGCAAGGGCUGUGGGUUGGUUGGUUGGUGUCUUUUUUUUUUUU